AUGGCUCGCACCCACAGAUUUGCAACCGAGACGGUUGAUGUUCCCGCACAAGAAGGUGAAAGGGUAACUGUUGCGGUGGCAGCUCCAUUAUUUAAUCCCUCAGUCCUCUUUCCCCUUCUUGCUGUCCUUGCCACUGGUGAUGCUGCCUCUGGACUUAUUGACCCCGGGUUGCCCCAAUUCCUAUCAGUUGUUGCAGUUUCAUCACUCGCUGUUGGAGCCACGUUAAAUUCCGUCGUUUUUCCACAGUUGAAGCAGCUUCCACAAGGGUCGGUUGAGGUUACUGCUAUCAAACAACGACUUCUAUCUCAGUAUGAUGUGAUUCUGUCACGCAUCAAAGACCUAAAAGAGGCUGCUGAAAAAGAGAUCUGGAUGUUAGCUCGAAUGUGCCAACUCGAGAACAAAAUUUCAGCUGUUGGAGAACCUUCUUAUCGGACUCGUAGAAGUAAAGUUAAAAGGGUGCGAGAGAGCCUGCAAAACUCCCUCAGGGGAAGGAUUGAAUUGAUUGAUAGCUAUGCCAGGGUAUGCUUCUCAGACGACGAUGAUGUGCUGCGCCAUUUGUGA